AUGUUCUCUCUUCGUAUUGGCUCCAUGUCCUGGCUUGAACUUAUAGCUGGUGCCCUUUCUAUCUUCCUUCUAUUCUUUUACCUAUACAAUCGUGCUCUUCCCAAGCCUAUCCCCGGAAUACCAUAUAACAAACAUGCCACAAAGCGCCUCCUCGGAGACCUUCCGGACCUGAUGGGGCAUCAGAAGCACACAGGGGAGCAACGCCGAUGGUUUGCGAUGCAGAACCAGAAGUUCAACUCCCCAGUCUGUCAAGUCUUCAUCCGCCCGUUCGGAAAGCCGAGAGUGGUUCUAUCGGACUUUCGAGAGGCCCAAGAUAUCCUUUCGAAACGAUUGAAGGACUUUGAUCGCAGCGAUAGAGCCCGGGAGGCAUUUGCAGGUAUCAUCCCCCACCAGAUGCUUUCUUAUCAAACAGUGGAUCCCAAGUUCAAGAAGCACAGAGAGCUGAUGAGGGAUCUCAUGUCACCAAAGUUUCUCAACCAAGUCUCAGGUCCAGAGAUAUACUCCAAAGUCAACAGUCUCGUUAGACUCUGGCACGAGAAGUGCUUGCAUGCCGCUGAACAUCCAUUUGAUGGAAAGAGAGACCUCCAAAGAGCUACUCUCGACGUUAUCACAGCUGUCUCCCUUGGACUAGACGAUGAAAAUAGCGCUACUAAACGGCAGCUGGAUGACAUGUUGGCCAGGUCUAGCGCGGGUGUUACCUUCAUGCAGCCCGAGACGAAGAUUGUGGACUUCCCCGUUCAUCCCUUGACAGAAGAGUUAGAUGCAACCCUGACUAUUGUUGAGAGCUCAUCAGUUGGCUUCUCGUCGCCGAUACCCCGGUGGCACUAUUGGGUCAUUAGUCACUUUCCGUACCUGAAAAACGCCGCCAGAGUUAGGGAGGAGUGGACGCGACGAGAGAUCGACAAGGCGGUCGAGGCAAUCUCCAAAAAUGGCUCCGAUAACGAAUGGGCAACACGUUCGGCACUCGAGUUUAUGGUACUUCGAGAAGCCGCCGCUGCUAAGAAGGCCAAUAGACCACCGAGAUUCCAUCGCCGGCGCAUCUACGACGAACUGUUUGGAUACAUUAUCGCAGGGCACGAUACAACCGGUGCUACUCUUUCGUGGGGUGUGAGAUACAUUGCGGAUGCUCCGCAAGCACAAAGGAAACUCCGAUCAUUUCUUCAAGAUGCCUUCUCCAGCGCUCUUGCAGAGCAUCGCCAGCCGACGAUAGACGAGAUAACCAGUUCAUCCAUUCCAUAUCUUGAUGCUGUCAUCGAGGAGAUCCUGCGUCUCAGUGCGGUGCUCCCAAUCAUAAGUCGAGAAGCAAUGGCCGACACAACUAUUCUCGGACACGCCAUUCCAAAAGGCACCGUCGUGUUCUUUACACUAAACGGACCCAGCCUGAUGAAGCCGGCAAUCGAGACCCCCGAGAUUGUUCGGAGUGAGAGCUCACGGGGUACAAAGAGUCGAUACGGAGAGUGGCGCGCAGAGGAUGUCGAGCAAUUUAUACCCGAGCGAUGGAUAGAUGUUGAUGACAAAGGCGUUGAGACUUACAACGCCAUGAAGGGGCCGUUUCUCACGUUCGGUAGUGGACCACGAGGCUGCUUUGGGAGGAGGCUUGCUUACCUCCAGCUUCGGAUCUUCUGGGUGUUGCUUAUGUGGAACUUUGAGUUUCUCCGCGUUGAUCCUGAGCUCAGGACUCAGGAUGUUGUAGAGAAUGUUGGGGUAGAGCCGCGUGAGAGUUAUGUACGACUGAGAAGGAUAGGGAGUCCUUUGUAA